UCUGGUUUAACUCCUUGCACGGUUCAGAUCCGAGUUUGAGAGAAGCUCUUUUCUCUCUGUCCCUUAUCUUUUCGGAAGAAGAGAUCCUUCACUUUGUCUUCUCCGUUCUCGUCGCGAUCAACUCGUUUACAGCCUUCAGGGAUUCGGAUCAGCUCAAUCUCAAGUGGUGUUUAAGCUUCUCAACUAUCCAUGGAUCAGGCGGAACUGACUAUGGAUCAGGUAUUGAAAAGGGAUAUUCCAUGGGAGACAUACAUGACAACUAAGCUGAUUUCAGCAACAGGUCUCCAGCUCUUAAGGCGCUAUGAUAAGAAACCUGAAAGUGCAAGGGCACAGUUGCUGGAUGAAGAUGGUCCAGCUUAUGUUCACCUCUUUGUUAGCAUUUUACGUGAUAUCUUCAAGGAAGAAACAGUGGAAUAUGUUUUGGCUUUGAUUUAUGAAAUGCUCUCAGCAAACCCAACACGAGCUCGGUUAUUCCAUGAUAAAUCUUUGGCACAUGAGGAUACUUACGAGCCUUUCUUGAGGUUGCUGUCGAAGGGAAAUUGGUUCAUUCAAGAAAAAAGCUGCAAGAUCCUUGCCUGGAUAAUAAGUGCUAGGCCAAAAGCUGGUAAUGGUGCUAUUGCUAAUGGAGAAGCUUCCGGUUCUAAGAAACAUAUUACUACAAUUGAUGAUGUACUUAAGGGGUUGGUGGAUUGGCUUUGUGCUCAGUUGAAGCAACCUUCUCAUCCUACUCGUGGUGCUCCGAUUGCAAUCAGCUGCCUGUCGUCACUGCUUAAAGAACCUGUUGUCAGAUCAUCGUUUGUGCAGGCAGAUGGGGUGAAAUUACUUGUUCCUUUGAUCUCCCCAGCAUCCACUCAGCAGUCUAUCCAGCUUCUCUAUGAAACAUGCCUCUGCGUCUGGCUUCUGUCCUAUUAUGAACCCGCAAUAGAGUACUUGGCAACAUCAAGGACAAUGCAAAGGCUCACGGAAGUGGUUAAGAGCUCGACUAAGGAGAAGGUUGUCAGGGUGGUGAUAUUGACAUUCAGGAACUUACUUCCAAAAGGUACAUUUGGUGCCCAGAUGGUUGAGCUUGGACUCCCACAUAUCAUCCACAGUCUAAAAACACAAGCAUGGAGUGACGAGGACUUGCUGGAUGCACUGAACAAACUAGAAGAAGGGCUAAAAGACAAGAUCAGGAAAUUGAGUUCCUUUGACAAAUAUAAACAAGAGGUUCUUCUUGGCCAACUUGACUGGAACCCAAUGCACAAAGAGGCCAAUUUCUGGCGUGAGAAUGUUACUAGCUUUGAGGAGAAUGACUUCCAGAUACUCAGGGUCCUCCUCACAAUCCUGGACACGUCAAGUGAUCCAAGAUCAUUGGCGGUGGCAUGCUUUGAUCUCUCACAGUUCAUACAGUACCAUGCAGCGGGGAGAGUGAUCGUAAAUGACCUCAAGGCGAAAGAAAGAGUGAUGAAACUGAUGAACCAUGAGAACGCUGAGGUUACCAAGAACGCUCUCUUGUGCAUUCAGAGGCUUCUCCUUGGUGCUAAGUACGCUAGCUUCUUGCAAGCUUGAUGGGGACUUGCAUGUAUCUUUCUAUAUAAUGGAAAGCAACCAAUAGACACAGAUUGUGUUUCCUAUUUAUCAUGUGGAUUUGUUGUUCAGUCCAAACAAAACCUGCUUCAACUCCUGCCCCUGCUUCCUUGCUUUCGAUACUACAUUCCAAGACUAAAUCUCUUUAUUAUUUGUCCUGGAAAAUCUGCUAUUGUAUGCUUAAAUAAUUUCUGCGUUUUUUUGUAUUUAUUUAUUAAAUAAAAAGGCCUUGAGGAAUAUGCUAUUGUUACUGACGGCAAUUUUGGGCCAGUUUGUUGUAUGACUGAUGUGAGAGUUUCAGAGUAAUGCAGAUGAGAUUAUAUGGUUGCA